UUCCGGUUUUCUCAAAAGACGUUUCCUGGUAGUCUUCUUUCACGUAGCCGUGAGAAUUUGAGCGACAUGGCGAUGUUUACCGGCCUGUUCUUGGUGACUUUGGUGUCCUUAAGUUGUGCCCAGCCGAUCUACAGUCUACCGUCAGACCACAGUUGUGUUUGUGACGUCAGUCCCGUGGUGCACUGUAACAACGACAGCGCGCUGAGGGCGGAGCUCGACCUGCUGAAGGACGUCGUGAGACAACUUCUUCAGGCGGGGUCGAACGUUUCAAGCGCAGGCUGUGCACAAGGCUCUGCCGGCAGAGAUGGGCGAGACGGCAGAGACGGGCUGCCCGGCCGGGACGGAGCUCCGGGGGUUUCCGGAGAAACUGGUCCGGCAGGUCCGCCUGGGCCUCCGGGUCCUCGGAUGAAUCUUGAGGCCGGACUGGUCGGCUACUGGCCGCUGAAUGAAGAACAUGGCGCCCGUGACGUCAGCGGCUAUGGUAAUGACGGAGUGACGUUCAGCACGGGCGUGGCGGAGGGUCCGGGGGGCGAGACGGGGGGCGCCAUGUACUUCAACGGGAACCAAGGUUCUCGUGUGGAGUUUCCCAACAACGGAGCGCUGGACGCCAGGAGUUACAUCACCCUACAGGCCUGGAUCUACCCACAGGAGACGGGAACCGGGCCGAUCUUCAACUACCAGCCGGCUGGCAGUGCUGGCUACGGGUUUAACCUCUGGAUUCUUCCUACCGGAAACGAUAUCUGGUCACGAUGCAACGACCGAAAUGGCCAAAAUGUCGUAGGUCAGCUAACACGGCCCGGGAUAACUCAGAAUGAGUGGCAGUUCGUCACGGCUACCUACCAUCGCACAUCAGGGGUCCAGAAACUCUACCGAAAUGCUAUACAGAUCGGAUCUCAUAAUGUGGGAGACGUAGACCUGGGUACCCAGUUUCCUGUAGCCAUGGGGGCCCGUCCGCCAUUUACCGGAGACACCCGGGGCUACAAAGGACGCAUCGCCCACAUGCAGGUUUACAACGUCGCCCUGACGCAGGCGCAGAUCCAGGAAGCCAUGGAGCGCACCAGGAAUGGCGGGUAAAAGCUUGUAAACGAGAAGAUUCGAGACAGAAGGCCGAGAAAAACGAAAAUCGGACCUGUCACAUUCACUGUGAUUUUGAUGAAUAUUUGUAAGCUUUGUAGCAUUGCUGUUAAUUCAGAUUGUAUCAUAUCACAAGGGACGUCCUUCCUGCAGUUUUAGUUUGCCUUGCCGAUGAUCAACAGGGCCUGUUUUCCUAGAAGCAAGAUUUCUAUCCAAGUUACUUUCAUGGGUUUUGUACCAAUUUACGAGAAGUUUUGUUAUUUCUUGUAUCGUCGAUUUCAUCGGACGUUGAGAUACUAUGCCCCUAGGGCCUCCAUGUCACAUUGAAAAAACGCCAGUUUGUUUCCCCUGAGAUUUGAUAAACAAAACAAUAUAACACUAUUGAUGUUCUUGCUGUACUUUAAUUCGAUUUUGCUUCACAACAACGAGGUUCUCGAAAAGACGGUAUUGACAUUAGGAAAAGAUGCAAUCUACUUAAACUACCAGUGAAAUGUUCAAUGCCGCCUUGCACUUGUUAGAAACCAUUUGAUGUGGUUUUAUGCAUUGGUUUUAUUUUCAUUCGGAUGCAAUAAACUGAUGCCAUUGCCCCGUCAAAACAUUGACAUAAUGUAGAUGAUAAAAAAUAAAAACGCAAACCACUAAUCGUCAUUUAUCAUUGGUUGAACUGCUAAUUGUGAUGGAUAUGUACAGUCAGGUUUUUUGUGGCGUCGUUUUGGCAUAACGGUUAGGGUGUUUCUGAGUUCAAAUCCCUUUUCAUGCCCUCGAUGUUUUGCCCUGUCAGAAAGCCACUUAACAC